CACAAGUUGUUUUGGCAACAUGAAAGUGCUCGUAGCUAUCCUCGCUUUGGCCGUGGCCUCGGCCUCCGGCGCCGCCAUCCAGAAGGCGACUGCAGUCCACACCAAGGACAUGCAGGGUCGCAUCACCAACGGCUAUCCGGCGGAGGAGGGCAAGGCUCCCUACACGGUGGGUCUGGGCUUCAGCGGCGGCUGGUGGUGCGGUGGCUCGAUCAUCGGCAACACCUGGGUCCUGACCGCCGAGCACUGCAUCGGGGAUGCCGCCUCCGUGACCGUCUACUACGGAGCCACCUGGCGCACCAAUGCCCAGUUCACCCACACCGUCGGCAACGGCGACUUCAUCACCCACGGCUCCGCUGACAUCGCCCUGAUCCGCAUCCCCCACGUGGACUUCUGGCACAUGGUCAACAAGGUGGAGCUGCCCAGCUACAACGAUCGCUACAACGACUACAACGAGUGGUGGGCGGUGGCCUGCGGCUGGGGAGGCACCUACGACGGCAGCCCCCUGCCCGACUACAUGCAGUGCGUGGAUCUGCAGAUCAUGCACAACAGCGAGUGCGUCCGCACCUACGGAAGCGGCACCGUCGGAGACAACAUCCUCUGCGUGAGGACCCCCGACGGCAAGUCCACCUGCGGCGGAGAUUCCGGCGGCCCUCUGGUCACCCAUGACGGCACCAAGCUCGUGGGAGUCACCAACUUCGGUUCCUCCGCCGGCUGCCAGUCGGGUGCUCCUGCUGGAUUCCAGCGCGUCACCUACCACCUGGACUGGAUCCGCGACCACACUGGCAUUGCCUACUACUAAACGAAAUAAAUACCUAUUAUUGCAAAAGAUA